AUGUGGUUCCAGAUUUCCUUAGCUACUUUAUAUACUGAAGGAAUAAAAGUACCUGUGGAAACCACGGACGAAAAUGUUACUAACACAGGGCAGGUCGCCGAGGAAGUCAUUCCUAUUUAUUAUGUUUCUGAUCAAUCGAAUAUAGACACAUACCUGAUCCCUCCCGAUCCACAUAAGCCCGAGAAAGUCGAACAUCAAGUUGCAACACCGGCUACUUACUUAUUACCACCGGCUCCGGGUGCAAAAAAUGAAUAUUUUGUAAGGACUACAGAACCAGUUGAACAAACUGACUGGUAUCCUAUCCUACCACAAAAACCAACAGAAGUUAUACCGUUAUCUCAAGCAAAGUAUCCUACGACACAUGAAGAGGAUAAAGAAAAUUUGCGGGUUGGUAAAAUUUUAGACAACAACAGUCACGUUACAGUUCCAUCGAGAAACCUUCUACCACCGCGAGAAGACGCUCCUCAUGAUUUCGUUUUUUUGUCACCUUCUGUUGAAUUAGAAUUACCAUUAGAAGAAAUAGAUCAUACUUUGAACAAUUCACCAACAAAAAUUCAGUUACCAGGUUCAAGAGAUCCUCAUAAGUAUCCAUUGAAAUUUUCAUUUAAGCCGAACUCAAUACCAGUAUCAUAUAUAACACCACCCAAAAUUAUAUCACCAGAAUAUAAAAAACCCAAUCGCCUGUAUCCUAAGAAAUAUCAGAAUGAAUUUGUACCUAUACCGAUACCAAUAUCUCAGUUUGCUGGUGAUUCUAUGAAGGAAGCGCCUAAUGCAAAUCCAGCGAAACCAUUUACUAAUAUUGAUAAUAAACAGUAUAUCGUACCAGCCGAUCAGAAAAAGAAAUACUUGCACGAGCAAUAUCAAAAACGUAAAAUGAAGCAGCAGAAUGAACAGUUGGACCCAGCAACCUACGACCAACCUUCUGAAACAAAACCAGUGGAGCAAGAAGUAUCUGAAACGAAUUACAGAGAUCGUGGACAUGAAGAAUAUCCAUCUGCAUUAAAACCAACACACAACGAGAAACAUGGUAUAGAGUCAAAAGGUGAAAGAACAGAAUUUCGAAUGCAUGGCAUGAAAGGCCCCCACAGUUAUCAAUUUGGUUAUGACACUGGAAAAGGAAAAAAUCGCCAAUUUCGAUACGAAGAGCGCGAUAACGACGGCCACGUACGAGGUCACUAUGGAUACGUUGAUAAAUUUGGUAAACUUCGGGUAGUCAACUAUGAUGCCGAUCCAGAACACGGUUUCAGGGCUGAAGUACCCGUUGAGAAAGAACAAUAAGUUGUAUGAGUCGUAUAAUAUAUUGUAUGAGUUGUAUGUAUUGUAGAUAAUGUAAAUAUUUUUAAUUUUGUUUUAAUUAAAAUAUGUAACUU